AUGGAUGCCAUUCGAAUAUCAAAGGUCGAAGACGUUCUCUGCACGAAAGCUGGAGCCGCAUUGAAAGGAACGAUCCACCUCACAACUCACCAUCUGAUAUUCAGAUACGAUGACAACAAAGAGAAGGAGAUGUGGACACCUUACCCCCUGAUAUCACUUGUCAACCGUCUCCCUCAAACUCUACAAGGACAGUGUCCGCUCACGUUCCACACACGAACAUUUGAAAUCUUUUCGAUUACUUUCACGAAAGAAAGCGACGCAUCCGAUGUCUUUGAAAGUGUGAAAGAGCUCACCGUCGCUCUGUCUGUGUUUCAUCUUUAUGCCUUUUCAUACCAGCCGAAUCCUCCCCUUCCGACCAAUAAUGGCUGGUCAAUAUAUUCUCCUAGAGAAGAAUUUGGCCGAAUGGGUGUUGGAACACGAACAAAAGCCUGGCGUUUAACCGACAUUAAUAAAGAUUACUCUUUUUGCCCCACCUAUCCCUCGAAACUAAUAGUACCGACGAAAAUCAGCGAUACGACACUGCAGUACGCAGCGAAAUAUCGCAGCAAGUGUAGGAUCCCUGUUUUGACUUACCUCCAUUGGUCAAACUAUGCUAGUAUCACACGUUCGAGUCAACCCAUGGUCGGAAUUACACAAAAUCGGUCGAUCCAGGACGAAAAGUUGAUUGAAACUAUAUUCCAAACCCAUCAUGCACCGGAAUCACGAGCAUCGAACUCUCCUGUUUACGGAGCCACAACUACGAACUUAAUCAUCGACGCGAGGCCCACUGCCAACGCAGUGGCCAAUACUGCCAAAGGAGCUGGGACAGAAAUCAUGGAACAUUACAAGGAAGGAAAGAAGUUAUAUCUUGGAAUUGACCACAUUCACGCCAUGCGGGAAUCCCUGGCAAAAGUUGUGGAAGCGCUGCGCGAAGCAGACAACCUUCUGGCCAGUAUCAACAACGAUUUGUCUGGACAAAUAUCUGGAGUUUCAGUCCUCGACAGGCAGGCAUUGCGUCGGUCUGGCUGGUUGAGACACUUGUCGAUUGUUCUGGAGGGAAUUAAUAUCAUCACUCGCAAUGUCCACGUCAAUUCAUCGCAUGUACUCAUUCACUGUUCUGAUGGAUGGGACCGGACCUCCCAGCUAUCCUCGUUGACUCAGCUCUGCCUCGAUCCCUUUUACCGAACGAUACGUGGAUUUGAAAUACUCAUCGAAAAGGAUUGGCUUUCGUUUGGACAUAAGUUCCUGGAUCGAAGUGGACAUCUGUCUUCCGAGAAAUUCUUCGUGUCGCCUCCUGAAACGAAUAGCGGCAAUACUGGUGCAGAGGCCGCGCAAGGUUUUCUCGCUUCCAUGCAGAAUCGGUUUGCAUCUCAAAGUCAUAUCAAGGAGACGUCCCCAAUAUUCCAUCAGUUUUUGGAGGCUGUUCGCCAAAUUCAGCGACAGGCCCCAGAACGUUUUGAGUUCAACGAACGGUUCUUGCGACAAUUGUACUACCACCUCUAUUCAUGUCAGUUUGGUACUUUCCUGUUCAAUACAGAAAAGGAAAGGCGAACAGGCGAGGGAGGCAACCCACCUCCAAUUGAGCGCACAAUCAGCGUUUGGGAUUUUCUUAAUUCCCCAGAGGAAAUGGCACAAAACAUGAAUCCUUCCUACAAUCCCUCGCUCGAUGAUCCAACAAGUCGGUCUCCCGAUGCUGACAUGGGAGUGCUAUUUCCGAACCCUAAAGAUAUUCGGUUCUGGUAUGAACUAUAUGGGAGGACAGACGACGAGAUGAAUGGCCGCAAUAUCCCUGCCCCAGCAAUCCGGUUUCCUGACGUUGUGGGGCUGAUUGAAAGUACCGAGGACGAUGCUAGGGUCGAUACUCCGUCUAAUAUUCCUUUACCGCCUUCGCCUGGAAGCACGCCUUGUAUCCUUCCAGCUGGCCACUCACCCGCAGGUUCUGACAUAACGUCCACUCUUCAUGCCUCUUCAUCUGCUGGGAACCCCCCUGCUAUCGCAGCGAGAUCACAUCCGUCGUCUCGAGAUAGUUUUAGGCCAUUUUCAAUGAGCGGUUCAGCAUUUUCUAUGAAGACGGCCACUUCUCAUCCUAGUCCCACUUCACCUAAUCGUCCUGCUGGCAGUAGAGCACAGGAAUUACUUUCAGGGCCGGGUGUCUUCGGACGUUCUGUAUGGGACAGAUUGUCCUCAAAUGCGUCAGCAGCGCUCUCGGUAGUACAGGACGCUUAUGGCGGAGUAACGAAGGAACGGGGUGAUCCUACCACGACUGAGACUCCGAAAACGGAGGAGCUGCAAAACAGAAACUACUUAACUUCGUGGAGUGAGGAUAUGCAGCAGCCUAAUGGUGCUCCAGCUGCGAGAGUAACAAACCCUAGUAUUUCGACCUCUCCAUCUUCCGCGUCUCAUACCAGUCCCAAUUCAGGAAAUCCUUGGACAUCGAUGGAGGUGGCCAAUAAUAGACCGACACUUUCUUUUUAUGACAACCCCUGGGACAUCAGUACAAGAAGCGAUACCCAACAGCCUGUUUCGGCCACCAAUCCCACCCAGUUGUCUGAUGAUAUAUCAUCCGGCUCUCUUCCAUUUGAUCCUACCGUUGUACCGCAUAGUAUGUCGAAAACUAUUCACGUAUCCCCUCGACCGCCUUUAGAAUUCAAAACUCCCGAGACAUUAGAGCAGCCACCUCGCCCUAGUUCGAGCAAUGGCAGCACGGAUCCCCUUGGGGUAGGAUUUGGUCCUUGA